AUAAAUAGGGAGCACCACUUUCUUUCUCCCUCCGUCAAAUCCCCUUGGCAAGUCCAUUGCACAGAUCGAGUCGCACCCAUCUUCCUUCUUCUCGUUGCGCUUUCAGAAGGGACGCGAAACAAGAAGCUCUCUCAUCAAUGGCCACCAAAGUCUACAUUGUUUACUAUUCGAUGUACGGUCAUGUCGAGAAGCUCGCCGAAGAAAUCAAGAAAGGCGCCGAUUCAGUGGAAGGAGUAGAAGCAAAAUUAUGGCAGGUUCCAGAGACAUUGCCUGAGGAGGUUCUGGGUAAGAUGGGUGCCCCGCCUAAGAGCGAUGUGCCGAUAAUCACUCCGAAUGAGCUCGUGGAGGCCGAUGGCAUCAUCUUCGGCUUCCCGACCCGGUUCGGGAUGAUGGCUGCGCAAUUCAAGGCCUUCAUGGACGCGACCGGCGGCCUCUGGGGCUCACAGAAGCUGGCGGGCAAGCCUGCGGGGAUCUUCUACAGCACCGGUUCUCAAGGAGGUGGACAGGAGACCACCCCAUUGACCGCAAUCACUCAGCUGACCCACCAUGGCAUGAUCUUCGUCCCCGUCGGGUACACUUUUGGGGCCGGCAUGUUCGAGAUGGAGCAGGUGAAGGGAGGGAGCCCGUACGGCGCGGGAACUUAUGCCGGCGACGGCUCCAGGCUUCCUUCGGAGCUCGAGCUCGGGCUCGCAUUCCACCAGGGCAAGUACUUCGCCGACGUCGCAAAGAAGCUCAAGGGCUCUGCUUGAAUUUCUGCUCUGAUGAUAUGAAACUCAGUGAAACUCUUCUCUUCAAAUUGCCUUAGCUUGCAACUUUCACAUUGUAAUAAGAGUUUUUGAGAUAAUGAAAUAUUUUGAGUAUUGCA